GGAGAAGCAGAACAGCUGACAACCUAGUAGGAUGUAUGUAAUGCUGAUCUUGCGUGUGAGAGUGUGAAGUUUAACGAUUUAAUACUCGUCCGAAUUCACAUCCUUUCUACACGAUACGAUUUGCUGAAAUGAUCGAUAUGUUGGUGCUGUGUUUCUUGUGUAAGAAAAGUAUCUUUAAAAGUAAUUCAGAUUGUUGACAUAGUUUCAUGAUUAAGUUCAAGAGAGUGUGCCUGUCUUAUAAGUUACAGAUACUGUCAUGGUGUUUUAAGUGCAUUAUUCCAAAUAAAGAGACCAAUACUACCUAUUCUGUGGUACAUGACCUAUCCCAUUUGUGAAGAUCAUGAACAGAGAACUUUCCUUACAAUGCAAUAAUAUAGUGCAGUUAAUGCAAUUAAGACAAACAAAGAAUUCUGUGAAUCACAGUAUCCAGAGGCAGUUACAUGUUACAGAAGAUUUUGUGAACAGAUUAGGUCUUGAGAAGGAGUUAGAGGGACACAAUGGAUGUGUCAACUGUUUGGAAUGGAAUGAGUCUGGGAAGAUACUUGCUUCUGCCUCGGAUGAUGUACAAGUCAUCUUAUGGGAUCCUUUCUUACAUAAGGAAAUGCACACGGUUCAAACAGGACAUCAUGGAAACAUCUUUUCUGUUAAGUUCCUACCUAAGUCAAGUGACAGUGUAAUUGUUACGGGUGCAGGAGACUGUAGAAUAAGAGUGCAUGAUAUUCUGUUGGGAGAAUCGACUCAGGUGCAAUUUGAUUUGCGGACACCUCAUACAUGUUCAAGAGAGGUGAAUGUUCUCAUCAAUCUCCUCAACCACAUGGGCAGAUACGCUGAGGCGAAGUGUCUUUCUAUUAAUCCAGUCAGACCAGAGCUGCUUGCUGUCGGAGCAAAUGAUCCCUACAUUCGAUUAUACGAUCGUCGUAUGAUCAAGCCAACUAAUUUUCAGUACCCACCAGCCCAAGGGGGAUGGGAUCGACAAGGGAUGCCAUUUGAUAAUGAACACGAAGACAACUUACCAACUUCGUGUGUACAAUAUUUUGUUGCAGGUCACCUUCCUCUUAAACAGCACGACUUCCGUAAACGAUACAGAAAUUUGGCUUCCACAUACCUCACAUUCUCCUCAGAUGGCAAUGAAUUACUUGUGAAUCUAGGAGGGGAACAAAUCUACCUCUUUGAUAUAAAUAAUAAAAGGAUGCCGAAGACAUUUGAUGUGAAAGGUGUCAACACAAAUGAUUUCAAACCCUACAAAGAACAUUGUCCUGCUUCAAAUGGGUAUAGUAAUGGCUAUAGGACUGCUAAUGGAUUUUCAACUUCAUCCAACGGUGUAACGAGAAGUAACAAUGCAAUAUCUGCAUUUUUUCAAACUGCAUCAAGCAAUAGUGACACAAAUAAAAUGAAAGCUCUACCAAAGAAGGUUGAAGCCUUGAAACUGCGAGCAAAUGAUGAGUUUGAAAAGCAACAUUACACGUUGGCAAUCAGUAUGUACAACAGAGCUAUCAGCAUGUGCCCCAGUCAUGCAAUACUGUAUGGCAACAGAGCUGCUGCAUAUAUGAAACGUAGUUGGGAUGGAGAUGUGUACGCAGCUAUGCGCGAUUGUCACACUGCCUUACUUCUGGACCCCGAUCACAUCAAGGCGCAUUUCAGACUGGCGCGCUGCUUGCUGGAGCUGCAGUGGACGGAAGAGGCGUGGGAGUGCCUGCAGGUGUUCAAGGCCAAGUUCCCCGACCACGCGCACAGCCACGCGUGCAAGGCGCUAGCCAAGGACAUCCAGACGGCCUCGUCCGCCGCGGCCGCCGCCGCUGCCUCCGCCGCCGCAUCCGCCGCCGCGGCCGCCGCCGCAAAGCCUGAUGCAGCAGCACACAUAGGUACUGUUGAAAUGCAAACCAGCGCCCGCCAACAC